AUGACUGAUGGAGACUACGACUACUUGAUCAAACUCCUGGCCCUUGGAGACUCCGGAGUUGGGAAGACCACGUUCCUCUAUAGAUACACGGACAACAAGUUCAACCCAAAGUUCAUCACCACAGUAGGGAUUGACUUCAGGGAAAAACGAGUGGUCUACAACAGCAGAGGAACGAAUGGAUCUCCAGGGAAGGCCUUCAAGGUCCAUCUCCAGCUUUGGGACACAGCUGGGCAAGAAAGGUAA